AUGGCAUUCACUCAAACUAUUUUAACACGGCCCACUUUGUUGGUCAGUGCAUUGGUCCUGACGGUUGGCACCGUGAUUUGCUACAAUUAUCUAUCAAAACCACCUGCACCAAAAGACUCUGAUAAAGACAACACUCGCUCUAUAUCUUCGGUUAAAAAGGAUACUCAAAAAGACAAGGCAUCGGAGACUCCCGAAAGUACGACACAACACGCAUCCGCCACAAACCCUGAACAACAUGAUACAAAGAAUGCUACAACACAUGAAACGACACCAUUGAACAACCGAGAGAUCAACAAUAAGGAAGAAUCCACCACUGCUGCUGUGCAGCAGCACGAUGCUGUUGAGACUGAAAAGAAGGCUGCUGCUGUGAUUGAAUCGACCAAGGAUGACACUAUUGCUCCUGAACCUGUUACCAAGGAACAAGCAUCCCGAGAAAUGAAGCCUGCUGAAACAAAGACAACAAAGCCUGAGCCUGUUGAAAUCGAGUCUGCUGCUGAAUCCAAGGAUGAAAAGAUCGAGUCUGCUGCUGCUGCUGAUACACCUGUUGAAUCCAAGGAUGAAAAGAUCGAGGAAAAGGCUGCUGAAAAGGAUACAAAGGUUGAGAAGGAAGACAUUGCCCAAGUUGAAUCUUCUACUGCUGAGGAGGAUGCAAAGGUUGAGGAAAAGGCUGCUGAAAAGGAGGAUACAAAGGUUGAGGAAAAGGCUGAGAACAUUACACAACAACAACAACAACAGCCAUCUGAGGAAGGCGCUGCUCCAUCAUCACCAUUAGACUCUUCAAGCACUACUUCCUCGUCAUCUGGAUCAGCCAAGCAGAUGGAUGAAUCAUACCCCACCUCCACUUUGACAACACCCAGUGCAUCCAAGUCAUCAUCCACAUACUGGCAGCAACCCAACAAUGACCCAAUGUCUCAAUAUGGCUUUGCUUGGCCCACUUUGAUCCCCGUGCCAGAAUUUAGACCUCAGCAACAGCAAAACCAACAAAGCUUUUACUCCAACGAAGCUGGUAACCCCAUUCCUGGUCAAGAUGAAAAUCGUCCUCGAGGCAAAAAGGGUCGUCGUGUCAAGAAGCGUUUGAGUCGUGUGGAAAGGAUCGAGGAACAACGUCAAACUCACAAGCCCACCAUGAAAUCUCGAUGCGAUUACUGGCCUUAUUGCAGCAACCGUAACUGCAAGUUUAUACACCCUGUAAAGCCUUGCCGUGUUGGUGAUGGAUGCGGUUUCGGCAACCGAUGCAUGUUCUUACAUCCAAGCGAUUAUAUCGACUAA